GAUCCUCCUCUCCUUAUCAUUCCCUUCUUCUUCAACAACAUCCAUAUCUCUCUUCACAGACAACCCUCAUGGAAUAUUCGCUCAUACACACACACACACACACACUGUCCUUUCAUCGUCUACAUCUGUCCCUCAGCGUUGUCUUGAUUGAAAGCUAAGUCUCUCUGACAAAGGAGAGAAAAACUCCCAAUUGUCAAUGCAAGACAAGAACAAUUCCCACAUGAAUGUUCCUUCAUAACCCUGCAAAUUCCAUGCCUCUGCUUUCUGGGUUUGCAGUUGCACUUUGUUUACCAAUGCCACUCGAUCCAUCUGGAACCAUGGCGCUUUUCAGGAAGUUCUUUUAUCGAAAGCCCCCUGAUGGGCUUCUGGAGAUAUCCGAGAGAGUCUAUGUCUUUGAUUGCUGCUUUACCAUGGAUAUUUUGGAAGAUGAAGACUAUAAAGUCUACAUGGGAGGAAUAGUUGGUCAACUCCGUGAUCAUUUUCCUGAUGCUUCAUACAUGGUGUUUAACUUCAGAGAAGGAGAGCACCAGAGCCAGAUUGCUAAUAUAUUGUGUGAGUAUGACAUGACUGUAAUGGACUAUCCUCGUCAGUAUGAAGGUUGCCCAUUACUCAGCAUGGAAAUGAUCCAUCAUUUCUUGAGAUCAAGUGAAAGCUGGUUCACACUAGCAACACAAAAUGUAAUCUUAAUGCAUUGUGAACAAGGUGGGUGGCCUGUUUUGGCCUUUAUGCUUGCUGCUCUCUUGAUAUAUAGGAAGCAAUUCACAGGGGAGCAGAAAACGUUAGGCAUGAUCUAUAAGCAGGCACCUCGAGAACUUUUGCAGCUCAUGUCUCCACUGAAUCCAUUACCCUCUCAACUAAGGUACCUUCAAUAUGUCUCGAGGAGAAAUUUGGGCUCAGAAUGGCCCCCAUUGGACCGGGCACUUACUUUAGACUGUAUUAUUCUAAGAUCUAUUCCUAAUAUGGAUGGAGAAGGGGGCUGCCGUCCAAUUUUUAGAAUAUAUGGGCAGGAUCCUUUCAUGGCUGCUGAUAGGAGUGCCAAAGUUCUGUUUUCAACACCAAAGAGGAGCAAACUUGUCCGGUAUUACAAGCAGUCAGAUUGUGAACUACUAAAAAUUGAUAUCCACUGCCACGUUCAAGGAGAUGUUGUGCUGGAGUGUGUUAGCCUGGAUAGUGAUCAGGAGAGGGAAUCAAUGAUGUUCCGUGUCAUGUUCAAUACAGCCUUUAUAAGAUCAAAUAUUUUGAUGCUUAACCGUGAGGAAAUUGACAUCUUAUGGAAUGCUAAGGACCAGUUUCUGAAAGACUUUAGAGCAGAGGUUAUUUUCUCAGAGAUGGAUGCUCCAACUUCUAUCAUUUCAUUUGAUACAUUGGGUAUAGAAGACAAAGAUGGUCUCCCUGAGGAAGCUUUUGAUAAAGUUCAAGAGUUUUUCAGCAAUGUUGAUUGGCUAGAUCAGAAGACAGAUAUAGCAAAUAUGCUUCAUCAUAUCUCAGUAUCAAAUAUGCUGCAAGAAAAUUUUGAUUCGGGGUCUCCCAGGAGUGGGGGCAGAGCCAAUUUGUUUGAAUCAGCUCUUGAGAAAGUUAAAGACAUAUCAAAAUUUAAGGCAUUAGAAGUCACAAGUCCUAAAUUUGCUUCUUUGGGAAAACAAUCUUCACCCUCUUUUAGACAAUCUGUGGAUUCAACUAAAGUGAAGAUUGAGCCCCAAGAACUUGAGGUUACUCCUGAACAACAUGCCCUACCAAUGCCCUCUACUAAACCAUCCAUGGAUUCCCAUUCAAUUGGAAACAAGGCUGAAUCCUGGGAACUACAGGUUACUCUUGAGCGGCCUGCAGAGCCUAAAUCCUCUCUUAAACCAUCCUCAGAUGAAAAUGCAAUAAAAGAGAAAAUUGAGCCUCAGGAACUUCAGGUUACUCUUCAGCAGUCUCCACAAUCUAAGAUCAUAUCCCAGCGUGUACCUCAUGCUUCAAAAUCUGCUCCAGUUACCCUUGGCAUUACAGCUUUAUUGCAGGAUCACGCUGUAUCUAAAAGUGAAGAAGGCAUCCAUGCAGUUACAUUACCUCUAACUUCCUCAGCUUUGACGCCUCCUUUGAUGAACAUAUCUCAACCUCUCCUGCAGCAGAGUCAUCUGUCUACACCACCACCACCACAACCACCACCCUUUCAACCUUGCACUCAAUCUUUUACUGAGGCUCCUAAAAUAAAGGAAGCUUCUGCAACACACCAUCCUCCUCCUCCACCUCCUCCUCAAGCGACCACAGUAGCAACCUAUGCCCAACUACCUGGAAUUGCAUCACUGGUUACGGAUCAGUCACCAUCUGUUCCAUCUCCCCCCACAUUGUCUGUAGUAAGGUCAUCCUCUGCAAUCAAAACCUCCCAUUCAGCUCCACUUCCUCCUUCCCCUCCUCCAAUCCCUUCUUUUUCAGGGCCAUCGCCAUCUCCUGUGGUCAAGAACUCAUUCCAGUCUCCCCCUCCCCCUCCUCCACCAUUCCUUUCUUUUAAAGGGGCACUUCCAUCCCCCACAGUCAAGAACUCAAUUGAAUGUCCACUUCCCCUGUCUCCUCCCCCACCCCCUCCACCACCCCCUGCUAUUGCAUCAACUACUUCAGUUUAUUCUCCACCGCAGGUUGGAAUGCCUCCUCCACCACCUCCACUUCCUGUACACUCUUCAUCUGUCUUGUCCACUUCUAGUGUAUCUUCAGCACCACCACCACCACCUCCACUCGGGCUUAGUUCAAGGGGUUCUUUGUCAAAUAAUUUAGCACAUGUUCCGCCUGUACCUCCUCCUCCAGUGCCUUGUGCCAAAGGAUUAUCAAGAGCUGGAAGUGUCUCUCCACAAUCACAUUCCGGAAGCAAUGGUGAUGUACCUCCAAUUCCUGGACCUCCUUCUGUACGGGGUUUAUCACGCACAGUUCCUAAAGGCCAGUCUCAACAUAAAAAGGCCAACCUGAAACCAUAUCAUUGGUUAAAGUUGACAAGGGCCAUGCAAGGGAGCCUAUGGGCUGAGGCACAAAAACCUGAGGAAGCUUCCAAGGCUCCACAAUUUGACAUGUCAGAACUUGAGAGUCUUUUCUCAGCAGCUGCACCAAGUUCAGAAAAAUCAAAGCGGGCCCCAGGCCCCAAGUCAGAGAAAAUCCAGCUGAUUGAGCUCAGGCGAGCAUAUAAUUGCGAAAUCAUGCUUACAAAAGUCAAAAUUCCUUUGCCUGAUUUGAUGAGUUCAGUCCUUGUCCUGGAUGAUUCAGCAUUAGAUAUUGAUCAGGUUGAAAACCUUAUUAAAUUUAGUCCAACAAAAGAAGAGAUGGAAUUACUCAAGGGUUACAAUGGAGAUAAGGAAAACUUGGGAAAAUGCGAACAGUUCUUCUUAGAAUUGAUGAAAGUGCCACGGGUGGAGUCAAAACUAAGAGUUUUCUCCUUCAAAAUGCAGUUCAGUUCCCAGGUUUCUGAUCUUAGAAAUAGUUUGAAUAUUGUCAACUCAGCAUCUGAAGAGGUUAGGAAUUCAGUCAAGUUGAAAAGGAUCAUGCAAACUAUUCUCUCUCUUGGAAAUGCUUUGAACCAUGGGACUGCAAGGGGUUCUGCAAUUGGAUUUAGAUUGGAUAGUCUCCUCAAACUCACUGACACACGAGCCAGAAACAACAAGAUGACUCUCAUGCACUAUCUCUGUAAGGUGCUUUCUGAAAAGCUGCCAGAACUUCUAGAUUUUCCAAAAGACCUUGUGAAUUUGGAGGCUGCUACGAAGAUACAAUUGAAAUAUUUGGCAGAGGAAAUGCAAGCCAUUAGUAAAGGGCUAGAGAAAGUUGUGCAAGAACUGACUGGCUCAGAAAAUGACGGUCUAGUGUCUGAUACAUUUUGCAGGAAUUUAAAGGAUUUCCUUAGUUUUGCCGAAGGUGAAGUCAGGUCCUUGGCGUCCCUUUAUUCUAGUGUGGGUAGAAAUGCAGACGCCUUGGCUCUUUAUUUUGGGGAAGAUCCAGCUCGCUGCCCAUUUGAGCAAGUGGUAUCCACUCUCCUUAACUUUGUGAGGAUGUUUGAACGAGCGUGUGAUGAAAACUGCAAGCAGCUUGAACUUGAAAAGAAGAAAGCACAGAAGGAAGCAGAGAAUGAGAAGCUAAAAAUUAAUACUCAAAGCAAGGAAGCAGAACAGUUGACACAGAAUACCAUGAAGAGUGCCAACGUUCAAUGACUAUUAUAUAUAAGCAUUCUUAUCUGAUUGACAAACCAAGGUGCCCUCUCCCAUUUGGCUUCACAAGGAAAAAAGAAAAAAGAAAAAUGAAAAUCAGAUUUGAGACAGCGCAGUUCUAAAUGUACAUCUCUGCAGUUGGUGAAUCUUUAGCUUUCUGAUGGGCAUCUAACAUGGUUUACUAUUUGGAAGCAGAGAGGAGAGUUGAUGAAUUCCAGUUGGACUAUCCACUUGUUAAAUGUCUCUCUACAAUUUUGUUUUAGAAAGGGUAGAUUCUCUAGUAGUUUUAUUUAUUUUGUACGUAAAUUCUGUAGUUGUAGGGAUGUAAAUGUGGAUCAAACGUAUAUCUAUCUUUACUGAAAUAAUUAGCACAAUAAAAUUUUGUUCCCACA